AUGGCUAGCAGUGUCAUGGACCACCCUGAUGAGCAAGACGUUGACGUUGAAGUUGAUGAUGAUGUCAAAAUCCAGGCGAUUAAGGAUUGGCUUCAGCCCACCGACUAUCUGGGCGAGGCAAGCGAAUACAAAAAGCAUCUGAAGUCCCAUGUUCCCACCACUGGUGGCUGGAUUAAGCAGACAGCUGAGUAUCAACUAUGGCACCAGUCUUCAGAUAACGGAUCACUGUGGAUAAAGGCUGUCGCUGGAGCCGGCAAGAGUGUGCUCACUGCAGCCUUGGUGUCCCAGCUCGCCGACACCGAACGAGUCCCCGUCUUGUUCUUUUUCUUUCGACAGAUCGUUGCGGCCAACCAUGAUCCAUUGGCCCUGGUGCGAGAUUGGGCUGCCCAAAUCCUGGACGUCUCGCCCCUGCUCCAGAGACAGCUGGCCCGCUUGAUGGAUGAAGAGCGCACCUUGGACGGUGUCUCCUUUGAAGAAUUGUGGAAGCUUCUUCUCGACGCUCUGCAAUCCAUCCCCCGGGUCUACUGUAUUGUCGACGCCCUCGAUGAGAUGGAUAGUCAUCAGACUCGGAUUUUACACAACCUAGUCAGCCUGGGGAGGCUGCGGCCUGCAGCAAUUAAAUUGUUAAUGACAAGCAGACCAUUACCACACAUUCAGGCCAUUCUCAAUCAUCCAUCUGUCAUUCAAAUCAGACUGGAGAAUCAGCAGUUGAACAAAGACAUUGCCAUCUACAUUAGUCACCGGUUGCUCCAGACUCCUGAUAUAACGGACGAGGUGCGAGCAUGUAUCCAAAAGUCGACCGAGGCCCGCGUGCAUCCCUCGUUUCUCUAUGCACGAUUGAUGCUAGACGAGCUUCUAAAGAAGCAGGACAUCCUUGAUAUCGAAUCCAUGCGACAGUCCCUUUCUUCGCUUCCAGUGAGUCUGGAGGAAAUGUAUAACCGCAUGCUCUACGAUCAUUCGCAGCGGUCGAAUGUGCCUCAAGAACGCCAAUUGAGGAUUCUGCAACUCGUCACGCACGCAUCACGUCCUCUACGCCUGCUGGAAAUCGCAGGAUUGGCUGACAUGCUGGGGCUGUCCCAAGACGGGAUGAACCCCAAAGAUCUUGUCCGGGCAUCAUGUGGCCCACUGCUCGAAAUCCUCGAGGAUGAAAGUGUCUCUGUCAUUCACCAUUCAUUCACCGAGUUUCUCAUUGAUCCUACCCGAGAAGGCAGGCCUGUAACCACCAGUGACAUCCCCCAGUUCCCCGUCAUCGUGCCCACGGCUACUCACCAGCUUCUGGCGCUGACGUGCUUGAAGUACUUGAUGUCCGGCUGUCUCUCAGGCUACGUACCCAUUCCCGACCCCAGCAACCGGGGCCUGCACGAUUUGUCUCGAACCAAAGCGGGAGAAAUUCAGCUUCGGCAUGCCUUUUUCGAAUACGCCGCCAAUAACUGGUAUGUGCAUGUCAGCCGGCUCCCGGCCAUUGAGGGUGAAUUGUCAGUCCACCUUAACGCAUUCAUGGUAAGAGACAACCCGACCUUUCUAGCCUGGAUUGAUAUCGUAAUGAAACCGGGUUAUCCCAUCCAGACGAUCUCGCCGCUGCACGUGGCGGCCUGGACGGGGAUGGCCAACUAUGUUGGACAACUGCUGCAAUCUGGCUGGGAUGUAGAUGAAACCGAUGGCCAUCAGCAUACGGCAAUGGGGAUAGCCGCUGAGAAGGGAUUUACGGACAUUGCCGCGCUCUUACUAAAGAACCGGGCCCAACCUGACCUGCCUGAUAUUACGGGCCACAAACCUCUCCACUAUGCCGCUUUGGCCAAUCAUCAUGCCAUCGUGAAACUGCUCCUGGACGCUGGAGUGAGUCCCUUGACACCAAGGACCCGUGACUAUCCUCCGCGUCGGUGUGGCAAUGCGCCCAGCUCCGUCGGAAAGACACCCUUGGAGUAUGCCUGUCAAUCCGGCUCGACGGAAUCGCUUCGAGAGAUGAUGCCACACUUGGAGGCGAAGGACCUCAAUCGGGCGCUGUACUGGGCUUCUCGCUCAGGCCAUGUCUCCACGGUUGAUCUCCUGCUGACCGUACCCGGUAUUGAAGUCGAUGCACUGAGUCCCGACAGUGACAAGCCUCUGUUUGCAGCAGCCUACGGUCUCUACGAGGAGAUCAUGAAAUUGCUGCUGAAGAGCGGUGCGAAUCCCAAUUCCAGGUCGCAAAAUCGCUUACGUCGCCGAUACGGCCGAAAUAUGCAAAGGAGACGGGAAUAUGUCGGUUCUACGCCUCUUCACGCAAUCUGCAAACAGUCUAAAGACAAGGACGACGAGAAGGUGAAGAGCUGUGUCUCUCUUCUCCUUCAUGCGGGCGCCCAGGUGGAUGCGGUCGACGACAACGGCCGGACGCCGCUCCAUUACAGCGUCGAAUUCAACCUCCCCGUCACGGAGCUGCUCUUGCAACAGGGAGCCAAUCCAAUGGCGACAGAUCCGGAGGGGAACACACCGCUGCAUCUCUUCAAACCGUCUCCUAAGUCGGCAAGGACUCUGGACGUGAUGAUCCGGCAUGGGGCAGAUAUCCAUGCUCGCCGGCCGCACGAUGGUCGAACGCCUCUCCACACUUGCUUCCAGCAUCGAUAUGGAAUGGACCCGUCAUGUUGGGCGCCCUGUGCCCCAGACUGGAACAUUCAGGAUGCACAGGGAAAUACGCCCCUCCACAUUGCUGUCAGCGAGAGCUUCGACAAAGAAAAAGUUGUGUCGAAAUUGUUGGCUAUGGGUGCUGAUCCAACCUGUCGGAAUCGAGACGGAGAAGUCCCAUUACACCUGCUGAAAGAUCUGAACGCCACCAGUUUUACAGAGACGGGCGUCUUGGGCUUGCUACUUGCUGCUGGCGCCGACGUCGAGGCGAAAGACAAGCGAGGCCACACGUUUCUGUUGCGCGCCGUCCGCAACCGAAGUCGUCAUUGGCAGGACACAAUACCAUCAAUCCUCAAAAUUGGAGCUAGGCUGGAUGCUCAGGACAACGAAGGGAAUGGCGUCCUGCAAAUUGCUUACCAACAUAGUGAAGAGGCCGGUCUGUUCCACUUCCUCAUUGAAGCUGGUGCCGAUCCCACCGCUGUCAACCACUCUGGAGACACGCUGCUCCACACAAUCGCGAGAGACCUCAAGAACCACGGCGCGCAUUUAAUUGAUUUCCUCGUGACAAUCGGCAUUCCAAGUACAGCGCGGAACUCUCGCGGCCAGACGGCGCUCCAUCUCAUCUGCAGCCGGGAACCAAAGUGGAGAACCAGCACUACCCCCACGCGCAAGGAUGCCAUCGACAUGAUCUUCAACUCGGAUCUAGUUGCCGCCAUCGACAUGGAAGAUCAGGACGGUGUGCGACCGAUCCACCUGGCAGCUGCCGUCUCCGAAGAUCUGGUAUUGCAGCUAAUCCGGAAGGGUGCCGAUACGACCGCGUGUACAUCGGAAGGGAGAAACCUGCUGCACAUUGCUACCACUGCAAGACAGAUCAACAUCAUCGGGCUUCUACUCGACCAUUACACGCAGACCGGCCAGCUUGCGGGGGUCAUCAAUCAGGCGGAUAUCAGAGGUCGGACCCCGCUGCAUGAUGCCUGUCGCUCCGGCAAACCCGAGAGCGUGGCCCUCUUACUGACCGCGGGCGCAGAUCCGAAGAUAGAGGAUCAGAGGGGAUUGACACCGCUUCACGUCUGUGCUGAAUUCUCUGAGGAGAAGAAACUUUGGGUGGUCGAUGAAACAGGCGAUGUAGUCAGAGUUCCGACCACUGAGCUACCGCGAUCUGAACAGGACAACAAUCAACGACUCCGUCAGGCUCAUCCUCGUUGCUCACCGCAUGUGGUAUCAUCGGAAGCUGAUAACGCUCGGCUGAGAGAAAUUAUCCGCCUCUUGAUCGCCCAUGGCGCGGACCUCACUGCAGCCAGCGCCGGCCAGACUCCUUUGGAUUUUGCGAGGGAGGUUGGGUGCGAUGAGAUGAUUGCCGAGAUGGAGUCCGCAACGAGGCAGCCUGACACGACGGGAGAUCUCGUGGCCAACACGGUUGACACAAUGCUUGACGGCCAGGGAGACAUCCUCGCCCUGUGUCAUCGAUUGCUCAAAUGUGGCGACCAUGAGGCUCUGGAGAACCUCGCCCGUUGUGGAAUCAAUGUUCAGAUGAGGAAUAAAUACCUGGGCGACCCAGAUAUUAUGACCACUCUAGCACAGUGGGGAUACGCCUCGCUCUUUGAAAGCCUCGGCCGGACUGUGAAAGAGCCGUCCUGGAUUAAUGGCAAAGACACUUCUGACAUAGCAAGCAGCAUCGCACCGUAUCUGUUCACCGCUGCGCGCAGAAGUCAGACGAACCUCGAGAUGAUCAAAGUAAUCGUGGAGACGUUUGGGGCGAACGUCAACAUUCAGGGCACGAAAACCAUUUACCGACCCGAGACGAAGACCGUGCCCACCGACGGGGUGCUCCACAUCCUCGCUCAAGGGGGCCAUUGGUGGCAGGCCGAAGCAAUUGAGUAUCUGGUGCAGCACGGGGCGGACACCGAGCUGAGAAACUACCGAGGGGAGACCGCGCUGCACGUUGCGGUCCAGAGACACAAAUUGGGAGCUGGUCGAAGAAGGAGGAUCACGAGGAAGCUGUUGGAGUGUGGUGCCAAUCCGAAUGUCAUGGACGAGGACGGUUUGACACCACUGAAUCGAGCGGCAUACGACGCCGAACUCGUCCAGUUGCUCCUCCGUCACGGCGCCGAUAUCCAUUUCGGGACUCUGUCAGCGCUCUUCUCCGCCAUCACCGCGCAGGAUAUCGCCACGGUGGCCGCCCUCCUGGAAGCUGGCGCCAAUUGCAACCAGCGCCUCACCGACAUAGAACCUAAUAAGACUUUUAGUAGUUCUCAUGGGCAUCGUCUUUUGGGCCAAUAUGACCGGGACGUGACGGAGCUGUAUCCUGUCUACUAUGCGGCCAGUCAGGCCUUCAACACAGCCGAGACCCGCGAGACCGCGAUCCCGAUUAUCCAGUUGUUGUUGGACCAUGGGGCAGACCCUUUUCUGCCCUUGGGCGAGAAGUCCACUGUUCUCCACCAUUUGAUGCAAAGCGGCGGCAUCAUUCAGCCGUUCUUGAAGCUGCCCCAUCUCGACGUGGAACGACGGGAUCCCCGAGGACAGACGCUGCUACUGGCCGCCUGUCAAUGCGGCGUGAGAACUAACAGUCCCAUCCAACGCCAUCACCGGCAAGAGCAGCAAACGGCCAGCGAGGAAGACCUCACGCGGGCCCAGACCCUGUACGAAAUGGGCGCUGAUCUCACGGCCGUGGACGAUGAGGGGAACAAUGCGCUUCAUCUCCUGGUCCGAACGUAUGGGAUGAAGGCGCCCGAAACAGUGGCGUUGUUCACCGAGAAGUGUCCUGCUCUCGUCCAGCAGAAGAAUAAGCAGGGAUAUACGCCGUUCCAUCUGGCGGUGCAACACCAAAACAGCUGGGCGUAUCAACCGCUGCUGGACCGGGGCGCAGAUGCCCUGGAGCCAGAUCCCGAGGGAAAUACAGCCUUGCACUAUCUGGCAGAGAAGAUUGUCGAUCAUUAUGGGGGAAAAGUCAUCCCGAUGAUUGAUCAGUUCCGGGGUCUUGGGCUGGACAUCAAUGCGAGGAACAACAAGGGGGAAACGAUGCUGUUCAACUAUUUUCGCAGGGCGAGUGGCUUUCACCGGGGUCAUGCACACCGCGACCUGUUCGCGCCGCUCCUGGAGACAGGAGCCGAUGUGUUUGUCAGGAACGACGACGGGGAGACACUGCUGCACGUGGUAGCGAAGAGAACGUCGCCCAGUCCUAUCGCCGCGUCGUGGUACCGAGGCGAUAUCCUGGAUUCGUUCAAGUUUCUGAUGGAGCUGGGGGUCGAUCCGCUCGCGGAGGACAAGCAGCAGAGGACGGCCAUUGAUGUUGCCGCUGCGUGUGGGAAUACGGAUAUUGUGGAGCUGUUCUCGAAGGAGACAAAACAAAAUAAAAAACAAAAGACUUGA